AUGUGCAGGGACCAGGCGCCACUGCUUCUCCUGCUGCUGUCAGCUAGCUGCCUGGGAGCCCAGGGCCGAAAUCAGGAGGAACGGCUGCUGGAAGACCUGAUGAGGGGCUACGACCCCCACCUGCGGCCUGCCCAGCACGAUGGGGAUGUGGUCAACGUCAGCUUGAAGCUCACGCUUACCAACCUCAUCUCCCUGAACGAGCGAGAGGAGGCACUCACCACCAACGUCUGGAUUGAGAUGCAGUGGUGUGACUACCGUCUGCGCUGGGAUCCACAAGACUACGAGGGCCUGUGGGUGCUGCGGGUGCCGUCCACCAUGGUAUGGCUGCCAGACAUCGUGCUGGAGAACAACGUGGACGGCGUCUUUGAGGUGGCUCUCUACUGCAAUGUGCUCGUGUCCCCUAACGGCUGCAUCUACUGGCUGCCGCCUGCCAUCUUCCGCUCUUCCUGCGCCAUUUCCGUCACAUACUUUCCCUUCGACUGGCAGAACUGCUCCCUCGUCUUCCAGUCCCAGACCUAUAGCACAAGGGAAAUCGACCUGCGGCUGAGCCAGGAAGACGGCCAGACUGUGGAGUGGAUUUUCAUCGACCCCGAGGCCUUCACAGAGAAUGGCGAGUGGGCCAUCCGGCACCGGCCUGCCAAGAUGCUGCAGGACACAGAGGCUGAGGAGGGCGGUUCCCAGAAAGUGGUGUUCUACCUGCUCAUCCAGCGCAAGCCCCUCUUCUACGUCAUCAACAUCAUCGCCCCCUGUGUGCUCAUCUCCUCUGUUGCCAUCCUCAUCUACUUCCUGCCAGCCAAGGCGGGCGGCCAGAAGUGCACCGUAGCCAUCAACGUGCUCCUGGCCCAGACUGUCUUCCUCUUCCUCGUUGCCAAGAAAGUGCCCGAGACCUCUCAGGCAGUGCCACUCAUCAGCAAGUACCUGACCUUCCUGCUGGUGGUGACCAUCCUCAUUGUCGUGAAUGCCGUGGUCGUGCUCAACGUGUCCGUGCGGUCCCCCCACACACACUCCAUGGCCCGAGGGGUCCGAAAGGUGUUCCUGCGGCUUCUGCCCCAGCUGCUGCGGAUGCACGUCCGCCCCGUGGCCCCAGUGGCCGUGCAGGACACCCGGCCUCGGCUACAGAACGGCUCUGCCCUGGGGUGCCCGCUCAGCAGUGGUGAGGAGGCGAGCCUUGGCCUGCCCCGCAGUGAGCUCCUCUUCCGGCAACGGCAGCGGAACGGGCUGGUGAGGGUGGCGCUGGAGACGUUAGAAAAAGGCCCAGGAACAGGGCAGAACCAGGAGUUCUGUGGCAGCCUGCGGCAGGCCGCCCCAGCCAUCCAGGCCUGUGUGGACGCCUGCAACCUCGUUGCCCGUGCCCGCCACCAGCAGAGUCACUUUGACAGUGGCAGUGAGGAGUGGUUCUUGGUGGGCCGUGUGCUGGACCGUGUCUGCUUCCUGGCCAUGCUUUCGCUCUUCGUCUGCGGCACCACUGGCAUCUUCCUCAUGGCCCACUACAACCGGGUGCCCGCCCUGCCGUUCCCUGGAGACCCCCGCCCCUAUCUGCCCUCAGCAGACUGA